AUGUCGGUUCAAUACGCCAACCCAUCAACUAACCCAUCAGUGGCACGCUCGCGAUCGCUGCGCGUUCCCGUUAAAGCGUCCUUGACCGCCCCUCAGCCUGCUACUACUGUCACUACGACUCAGAUACCCAGCUCUACUUCCAACCUUGCCCUGUUCCUUACGAACCUCCGCUUGCUAGACCUCGACCUUGAGCCCGAUUGGCCAGAUAUAACCCUCGCGACCUUUUCAACCAAAGACGCCGUUGGCGGACAGAAGAAGCGGAUUCAAUCAGUCGAAUGGGCUCUAUACCAGUUAUUUAUGCUAUGGGAUUACAAUGAGACUCAAAAUAAACUGCGUCCGUUUUUCCCACCUCUCGACCAGGUCCAGUCUAUCAACCUCCGAGCCGCUCUCCUCCGCGGCCUUGAACAGGCUAAGAAGAAUGGCGUCCUAGGUCGAGAUGCCGUCCUACGAAAGACUAUGUUGGAUGAAUGCAAGGGCGAGCGACUUGAAGAAGUUCUGGCCGUCUUUUCCUCGGCUGUCCUAAAGAAGCUGGUUGCCGAACGUGCGCUCAAUUCGGGUCCAGAAUAUCGUCCUAGUAUAUCGGAGAAGCUCGCGCUCGAGAACUGGGGCUACUCGGGAGACCGUACCGAGCUAAAUGGACUCUUACUCGCUCACAAAGCGUCCUUGAGUACCAUCUUGGCUAAGAAGAAUACGGAACGAGUAAAGUAUCGCGACUUUGAGGACCUAUUAGCGUCAAAGGAACAAGGCAUUGCCCGGCGAAAGGAAAAGGCCAAGGCAGAAUCCGAACGAAGCGUAGCUGAGACAUCUGAAAGGACAAGAACGGAAGUUAAUAGAAUUAUUAAGACCAAUUGGACUGGAAAUGAUCAAUGGCUUGAUAGUCUCCUAUUCAACGACACGAACCCACGAAAAGGAGGGCUCCUUGGUAGCCGUUUCGAUGACGUCUGGGUUGGUGUUGAACGAGGGAAAGUGUCUGACCUCGAAGACCAGAAUACCGGCCUCUUGGAGCAAUUAGACAAUAGGGUCCAGAUGCAGAAAGAAAGGUUGGAGAAAUGGGAUGAUUUCAGGAAGAAAAUGUUUGGAAAUAUGCCGCCACCGCCAACGGUGGAAGCGAAGAGAACGACCAAGCCAAAGAAUAUUGGUUUGCGCUUCACGGCUCAUCAGAAGCUGAGCACCAACCAGGUGCGCGCGAAAGACAAGUUACCCUUCAACGCAGCACCUGCACAAUACCGCACAAUAGUCAGUAAGAUGAAAGCUGAACUUGGUUCUAUUGGAAAACCCAAGAUUCCGGAUUUUUCUAGUCUACUAGGAGGUUCGAAUAGAAGCUCGGUAAUCGAUGUUGCUUCAUACGCUACAAAGCCAGAGGAAAUAAUUGAUGCGAUCUCUGAUAUUAGCGAAUGGGAAGAUGAGGCAGAAGAAGUACGACCAAUUGAAAAGCCUAUACAACCCACCGGCGGGCGUCGCUAUCGUCUUGUUCCUCCUAAGGCUAGUACUGAAGUUCAAGGACGGACACAUGUGCCAAAGGCGUCCUCAAUUGACGUACCAUUCAGCCGAAACAAGAAAUUCUUCCCAGAUCUUUCACCCAGCUUUGAGCCUGAGCCAUUAGAACAGAUAUCAUCUUCGCACCUUCAAGUCCCGACGACUAGUACGCCCAAGAGGCAAGAAUUAAGGAAGUUGGAUACUAUACCUCAAAUUAUCACAUCGUAUAGUGUUGCUUCCCCUGAGGUAUCUCCCGAGCCAUCUCCUACCGAUAAGAUGGUAGAAUCGUUGUCUCCACCACCGGUCUCGGUUUCUCCAACCCAGGCCAUGGCCGAUGAAAUAUUGCGGUCUAUGUCAAAUACAUCUCCAUCCCCGAUGAAGAAACAACGCCACACCCUUUCUCUAGCUGAGAGAACCCGCUUAUCUAUGACACGAACCCAAUCGUUUGAAAAGGAGGAUGAAAUAUCUCAGCCGUCCCCUACAAAAUCUACGCACACGCAGAGCAGCAGUGAUAAUAAUACAAAUCAUCUGCCGGAGAAAGAUGAAUACGAGGAUCUAGUAGCCCGUACUAGACGAUCUAUGGUUGGCUUCGAAGCUGCGCGACAGAAGGCCCAACUGGAGAGGAGACGAUCGGAGAGGAAGAGCAAGAUGAUACAGAGGAAGGGUGACCAGUUCCCAAAGCUUGAGGAAGAGAAUUUUAACGACACGUCAAUUGUGGAGGAGCUCCUCGAUAAUGGCCAGGAGGAUUACGAAGCUGUGUUCCGGAGCAGGCCGCGCGUGCAGACGAGUCCCUUACCUAGCCCGUCGAAGCCAUGGAAUGGAGAGUAA